GAAAAGGAAUAGUAGUAAUUAGUAAUACUCCAUGUUUCAUUUCUUGAGUAGUACAGUUAGGGAUGGCAAUUGGGACCUUAGCCCGCGGGCUAAGCCCGUAAAGUCCCACUGCGGGGCGGGUUUGGGCUUAGAUAUCUUAGGCCCGAGAUAUUGCGGGUCUUGCGGGUUGGUCAAUUUCGGGUAUGGGCCAAUGCGGGGCGGGUCGACGCGGGUUUGCGGGGCAUUCGAGACCCGCGUGUCUUCUUCACCAGAGACGUUUGGUGUUCUGCUAACCGACGAAAAAGGUGAGAAAUGGCGACUGUGGAGGCAAUUCUGAACCUUCUCUUCCACUCGUCGACUAAGGUCACCACUGAGCCUUAUCUUCAUCACCUCUUCCUCGAUCUACCACCAUCUACCAUCUAUACAGAUGUGCUGAGAAGCUUUACUACAAAAUUAGACACACAUGAACCACCACCACACGAGUCAAGCAACAACAAAGAAAUGAGGACAGCAUUUUCACUACCCGCGGGCCGGACCGCAAAGUCCUAUAUAGCAAGCGGGGCGGGUUUGGGUAGAGGUUUGGGAACCGCGGGUUACGGCGGGCAGACCCGCAAAGAUCCGCCAGAGAUAGAGACCGCAGCGGGGCGGGCCACGGCGGGGCGGGUUGUCCCAAUUGCCAUUCCUAAGUACAGUACUUAUUAAUGAUUCUUAAAUUAAAUAUUCCUGCACUUUUAGUUUUAAAAUAUAUAUAUACAUACGAGCACUUUCAGCUUUCUUGCGAACCAAGUUUUAAGUUACUUGGUUAUACUCGUAAUACUACAUAAAUCGA